AUGAAACUCCUCGUUUGCCUCGUCCUUGCUGCUGUUAUGACUGCGACGACCGUUGGACAUCAUCAUGUGCACCAUGACGGAGGUGGCAUCGGCCUCCGUGGUGGAGUCGCUGAUAUCGCAAGCGAUGAUUCACAUCAUAUCGUCAAUAGUGUUUUGGGUGGUUUUGGUGGAGGUGGUGCACUUGUUGGACGCCCCGAAAGCAUGGAAGCCAGGAAUCGAAACAACCGCAUGAGGGACCAUUAG